UUAAUUAGGUUAACUAGGUAAUUUACUUGAUAACAAACUUUCAGUUUUUGCAAACGCCUAUCAUAUAUCAAACCGUCCAGAAUUGAAAAUCAAGGCCACUCGAUUUUUUGCGCAGUUCAGCAAACGUAUAAAUACACAGUGUCGGCGAUGAAAAACAUAUCCAGGCCUGGAAACUGCAGCCAAAAUGGGUACCUUAAGCUUUAGACUUGCAGCCGGCGUUGCAGCUCUCAUUUGUCUUCUUGUGACGACAGAGGCUCUUACACAAGCACAACUGAAUUUGAUAUGCUUUCUGGGGCCGUCAGACAAGUACUAUUUUGCCCAUCCGUUGAGCUGUAAACGUUUUAUCCAGUGUGACACAUCUCGUAGGGGGUUUGACAUGCCGUGUGCCGAUUACAAUUGUUGGAAUCAAGACCUCCUCACUCAAGACCAUUGCAGUAACGUGGACUGCACCUGGGUUCCAUGUUGCUGUCACGUAACCGGGGAUCCACACUAUCACACGUGCGAUGGCAAGUCAAUCCAUUAUCAAGGUGAAUGCAGAUAUACCAUCAUGAAGACGUGUUUCGAUCCGGCGGACCACCCAGAACUAACUGAGUUCAACAUUGAAGGGGUCAACUAUGUGAUUCCCGAUUUUAGCAUGGAACGCACCUGGUUAAAGGAAGUUUACGUUGAGGUUUUUGGAAUGGAAUUCAAGUUUGUGCUCGGGCCACCACCACAGGUUUACAGAAAGCUUUGGACUGGUGAUUGGGAACUUAUCCCCUUAGGCAUCGGUGUAACUAUAGUGUGCAAUCCAUUUAUAGCAAGAUGCGUCAAAAUAUGGCGUCUGGUUAGCCAGCGCAUUCAUUUCAAAUUCGACUACGGCGUUAGAAUCAGGUGGGGGUACAGCCAGCUUGACAUAUGUACUCCUGGAACUUAUAGAGGGUUGUUAUGCGGUAUGUGUGGCACCUGUAACGGUGAUGCGGACGAUGACUUCUCACUGAAGGACGGGGCGUAUGUGGGCUAUCUGUAUGAGGAUCCGUCCUGGCCACCAACGCCACAAACCCAGGGCAUGUACGACCAGAUUGGCGAGAGUUGGAUGGUUCCAGAUCCCGAUCUCGGACCCGAGUGCCAGGACUCAGCUGGGAGGAGACGAAAGCGUCAAGCUGCUGUGCAAGAAGAUUGUCCGGAAGCGAAUAUCUGUGAUGUCAUUCAAAACGUUGAAGGCGUGUUUGGCAAUUGUGCUGCAAGUCCACUUGUGAAUUCCGAGGAGUACUACGUGUCCUGUGCAGUUGAUGUUUGCUCAGCCUCCGGAGAUGAAGCAACAUUGCCAGAGGUUCAGCACGAGGUGGCGUGUGGUAUUAUUGAGACCUAUGCCAAAGCGUGCGAAGAAGCAGGACUCGGGGUAUUCCCUGGAGCUUGGAGAGAAGUAACAGAUUGCCCGUUGACUGUGUGUGAUACGGUAGGAUACAACAUGCGUUACAAUGCAAGCAUGACUGGUUGUCCAGCCUCUUGUGGCACCCCGAGCUCCGAGCAAUGUGCUUCACAAGAGGGAUGCGAGUGUCUGGCCGGGUACGUCCGUAGUGGACAUCUGUGUGUUCCUCGGGACCGUUGUGGUUGUGAGGAUGCAAAGGGUGGCUACCAUCAGUUAGGGGACACAUGGGCCUCUCGAAACUGCACUCAUUGGUACAUGUGUGUGGAACCGAACCAAAUAGAGGAAAUACAAAGUCCAUGUGGUGUAGGGAGCCAGUGCCAGCUUGUAGAUGGCCUGUGGACAUGUACCGAUCCCAUCAAAACAACUAGUACCACCACCCCUAGUAUUAUAAUACCGGUUGUUUGAAGAAGUUGCUUUACUUCUCUGACGUCAUGCCAGUGGUGUAAUCACGUGAGCGCUGCAAACUUCUUCUAAAGCAGUUUAUAAAACUGGGGGAACAUUUUCUGAACAUUUUUGCUGAUAUAUAGAAGGCGUAAAAACGUUCAAUAAUUUUUAUCAUUUUACCGACAAUAAAAUUUUGCACCAACCUUAUUAGAGGCUUACUAAUACAUACACUUAAUGAUGAAUGUGUAGUAGCCUGCUACCGUUUAUUAGAAUAUCUGUAUAAAGUCUACACAUACAACACUAGCAUUUACACGUCAUAAGCAAAUUGCCAGAAUAAAAGUUACCUGUUCUACAUUAUUACGCUUUUUGCUUUGUUUUUUUUCCGAACAACUUGACUUGAUGAAGCACAAUGAACGAUGAGUCGACUUGACUUGUUUUAAUGGGGGUGAAACGCUGUAACCGAUUUGUACUUUUCAUGCGUUGUAUAAUUGUGCGAGUGUGUUUUUUCUGCAUAUUUAGUUGAAUACCAAAUAAAUUGCCAUUUGAUGGACAAUGAAGGGGGGAGAGCGGGUGUCGCCGAAUACGGGUAUCAACGUGUCUACUGUACAACCACAGUAUCCACCACUACACAUUGUGUGCAAGAUAAAAAAUGCAUCUUUUCCACAUAGCGUGCUAAUCAUUUAACAUCUUGCUCAUUACUACCACUUGCCUUUAUUUCCAAUAUAUUAAACGUCAUUUUAGUUACU